AUGAACUCUCCUGGGAUAUGCCCUCUUGGCAUGUUCUAUAAAUCUAACACAGUAGAAAUCGGUGCUCAUUUCCUGGAAAAGGUCCAUGAAUGGCUAUCGUUAUCCUUAAUACCUUGCAGCGGCUUGGAAAUAUGGCGUAUUGAGAAUUUCAAGCCAGUUCCUGUCCCUGCUUCUUCAUAUGGAAAGUUCUUCAUGGGUGAUUCUUACAUUAUCUUGAAGACAACAGCCUUGAAAAAUGGUUCUCUUCGCCAUGACAUCCAUUACUGGAUUGGUAAAGAUACUAGUCAGGAUGAAGCUGGAACUGCUGCGAUUUUAACGGUAGAGCUUGAUGCUGCUCUUGGCGGGCGUGCUGUUCAGUACCGAGAAAUACAAGGCAAUGAAACAGAAAAAUUCCUGUCCUAUUUUAGACCAUGCAUCAUGCCACAGCCAGGAGGAGUGGCAUCUGGAUUCAACCAUGUUGAGGUCAAUGAGCAAGAUCACAAGACCUGCUUAUAUGUCUGCCAUGGGAAGCAUGUUGUUCAUGUUAAAGAGGUUCCAUUUGCUCGAUCAUCCCUUAGUCAUGAUGACAUAUUUAUUUUGGAUACGAAGUUCAAAAUUUUCCAGUUCAGUGGCUCAAACUCAUCCAUCCAAGAGCGAGCAAAAGCUCUUGAAGUUGUGCAGUACAUCAAAGAUACAUUUCAUGAGGGGGAACUGGUGAAUUCUGGGGUUUUUUUUGGUGGCUUCGCCCCUCUUCCUAGGAGGGCACCUGCAGAAGGCAAUGAGAAACAUGAGGAAACUGCUUUCAAAUUGCUAUGUUUUGACCAAGGAAAGCUGGAGCCUAUCGACUGCCAAUCUUUAGCACAUGAAUUACUUGAGACAAACAAGUGUUACUUCUUAGACUGUGGUGCAGAAUUGUAUGUUUGGAUGGGCAGAAUUACAUCCCUGCAGGAGAGAAAGGGUGCUAGUGAAGCUGCUGAGAAAUUGCUCUCUGAAUCAGACCGAACAAGAACACAUAUAAUCAAAGUGAUUGAAGGGUUUGAGACUGUUACGUUCAAGUCAAAAUUUAAAGAGUGGCCACAGACGCCUGAGUUGAAGUUGUCAUCGGAGGAUGGAAGAGGCAAAGUUGCAGCUCUUCUCAAACGCCAGGGCUUAAAUGUUAAGGGUUUGAUGAAAGCUGCUCCUGCAAAAGAAGAACCUCAAUCCUAUAUUGAUUGCACUGGCAACUUGCAGGUUUGGCGUGUAAAUGAUAAAGACAAGGUUCAACUCUCAUCCUCUGACCAAUCCAAAUUUUACACUGGCGAUUGCUACAUAUUUCAGUAUACUUAUCCUGGAGAUGAUAAGGAGGAAUAUCUUGUUGGAACCUGGUUUGGGAAAAAGAGUAUUGAGGAGGAUAGGGUAAUAGCAGUUUCACUUGCAAGCAAGAUGGUUGAAUCUGCUAAGUUUCAGGCUGUCCAGGCGCGCUUUUAUGAGGGGAAAGAACCGAUUCAGUUCUUCGUGAUAUUUCAAAGCUUGCAAGUGUUUAAGGUGGCCUCAUCAUUGAAUUCAUCAUAUUGUUACAUUCUACAUGAUGGAAACACUGUGUUCACUUGGGCUGGAAAUCUGACCACUGCAUUGGAUCAAGAGUUAAUGGAGAGGCAGCUUGAUGUUAUUAAGCCAAACACACAGUCUAGGUCACAAAAGGAAGGGUCAGAAACGGACCAGUUUUGGAGCUUACUGGGAGGCAAAUCUGAGUACUCAGGCCAAAAAAUGGUGCGAGAACUUGAAAGUGAUCCCCAUCUUUUCUCAUGCAUCCUGUCGAAAGGCAAUUUGAAGGUCAAAGAAAUAUACCACUUUACUCAAGAUGAUCUAAUGACAGAAGAUGUUUUCAUUCUGGACUGUCAUACGAGCAUAUUUGUUUGGGUUGGUCAGCAGGUGGAUGUUAAAGUUAGGUUACAAGCUCUGGAUGUUGGGGAGAAAUUUAUUGUGCUUGAUUUCCUUAUGGAAAACCUUGCCUGUGAAACACCAAUUUUCACCGUUAUGGAGGGGAGUGAGCCUCCCUUUUUCACUAGAUUCUUCACCUGGGACUCGGCGAAAUCACUGAUGCAUGGCAAUUCAUACCAGAGGAAGCUUGCCAUUGUAAAAGGUGAAGGUGCUCCAGCAUUGGAUAACUCAGUUGAUUCUCAUGCGUUUUCAGAAACCGAACGACGAACAACCGUCUAUUCAGGAAGGAGUACUACACAAGAUAAAUCCCAACGCUCCAGAAGCAUGUCCUUCAGCCCUGAGCGCGUCCGUGUUAGGGGAAGAUCUCCAGCAUUCACUGCAUUGGCUGCUAAUUUUGAAAGUUCAAGCAACAGAAAUCUUUCCACUCCACCUGUAGUUAAGAAACUUUACCCGAAAUCUGUUACACCUGAUUCGUCAAAUACUUCUUCUAAGUCAUCUGCAAUUGCCGCUUUGGCUGGUUCUUUGGAUCACCCUUCUCAAACUCCUGCUCCAGAAUUCGUGAAAGAUGGCUCUGAGUCAGAGAAGCCAAAACAGGAGGGAGAUGGUAAAGGUGUUGAUACUGUGGCCACUAGAGUUGAAUCUCUGACUAUAAAUGAAGAUGUAAAAGAAAACGAGCCAGAAGAUGACGAGGGCCUUCCUAUUUACCCGUAUGAACGUCUUAAGACCACAGCUGCUGAUCCUGUUACUGAAAUUGACGUCACGAGGCGAGAGACCUACUUAUCUUCGACUGAAUUCAAAGAGAAGUUUGGGAUGACAAAGGAAGCAUUUAGCAAGCUUCCGAAGUGGAAGCAGAGCAGGCUAAAAAUUGCUCUUCAACUUUUUUAG